AAAACCCAACGGCACAAAAUCUAGAGGAAGAAAGAAAAGAAGAAAAUUCUUCAGAAGAAAAAGAAAAAAACAAAAGGAAGAGGAUGCGGAGAACGGACUCGAAGGCGAAAUCGGUAAGGAGACCGCUGAGCGAUUUAUCCAACAAUAAUAGCACAAGGAGUUUCUCCAAAUCAGAGAUUCCGAGGAAGAAAAUGCCCGACAAGCAUAAUUAUCAAAGCCACGCCUCUCUCGAUCGCCUCCUUCUCCUUCAGUCAGAUCUUUCUUCUCUCCUUCGCCAAAUUGAUGAACUUGUAGCGCAAGCUUUUAAGCUCAAGGCAACAGAACACGGGACAAAAGAAAUUGAAUCUUUCACGAAUGUCAUUUUCGAAAUGCUUUCCUCUCUAAAGCCUUGGGUUCCCAGAUUCCAGAAGGUGCUUUCGAGCCCUUCUGCUGGCGAAUACAAAGAUCAGUCUGGACAAUGUUUGGAAAGUGAAACUAUUCCUUUUGUAAAUGUAAAUGAAACGGAAUGCUUUGAUGUUGGGAGUCCAGAAGAAACCUCGUUGGACUCGUUAAUCUCUCCUUCUCCCCUUGUGUCUUGGCGUGCUGUUGACUGUAAUGUUGAGAGAGGUAGACAGCUGUUUCUGCUCACACCUCUUCCUAUGUCAAAAGCAUUGUCUUCAAAGAUGAAUGAUUCGUCUAAACCUGUAUUCGAAAGGAUUACUUCCAAAUCUACUGUUGAGCUACCAUCUUUUCUCAACAUUCCUGGGGAUGAAAAUGAUGAUUUGCUUGAAGGUGUUUCUAUAAAGAAAACUCCAACUAAGCCUUCUGAUUCUGUUGUGGCUGAAUUAAUGGAUAAGACAUUGAAUUGUGGGUUUGUUUCUUCGCCAGCAUUUUCAAAAACAGACCAUUCCAUUCUUGUCAUGACUCCAUUCUUAAAAAUGUCGCCUCCUAAAUCUUGUGUGCUGCUUGAACCGAUUCAUCAGUUCUCACCUAAAGGUGAUUAUGGAGUUCGCAAGUCUACCCCGUUUCCCUUUGGAAUUAACAACAGUGGUUUUUCUGAAUCCUCUGGCGGUGAAGCUUCUGAGGAUCUGACUGUGAAGUAUCCAGAACUACUAGGCAUACAACGAACUUAUAAAUCAGGAUUUGGGAAGAAAGAACUGGAAUCCUCACCAACGUGGUUAUUCUCACCUCCUAAAAGUUGCAUUUUGUUGGAGCCACCAGGUGAGAAAUCCCUAGACGAUGUUGCCACUGAUCACCACCUUCCUAAUGCUAUAAUUCAACAAACAGAAUUGUCUUUCUUGAAAGUUACAGAUGCUUGCCAACAAAACAAGAUGGUUAACCAAGAAAAUACUGGCAACAACUUAGCACUUGCAGAGAGAACUCCAACGUGGAAGGAACCAGAGAGCAUAAUGCGGACAGGCAGACGUCCAGGUGAGAGUACUCUAAAGAAAGAGUUAUGGACAAAGUUUGAAGCAGUGUCAACUUGUGGACUUCGUUACAAUGCCUCUGCAAUUCAAAGGACGGCUAGGAAGGGAUUUCUUGACAUGCUGGAUGAGGUUUCAUGUGAUGAUGAAGGUCCAAUAUCAGAUGGUUUGAGAUGACACCACUCUUCAUGACCGCUCAAUGCUUAUUUGUAACUAGUGGUUUUUUUAUCCCCAAAUUUCUUGGAGUCUCAUGGCUUUUCAAGUAUCUUAGAGAAUUUUACCACAUAAAUACCAUCGAAAAUACAUGUAUUUUGCCUGUUUAAUGUAAUGAAUUUCCAUUUUCGGAUGCACAAAAGUAAGAAGAGCUC